AUGAAAGCAGGAAAAUCAAAGGCUGAAACCAGGAGCUCCAAGCUCUCUGUGACGAAGAAGCCGACUAAGGGAGCAGGCCGUAGCAAAGCGGCUGCUAAGGAUCCUAACAAGCCAAAGAGGCCAGCCAGUGCCUUCUUCGUUUUCAUGGAAGAUUUCCGUGAGACUUUCAAGAAGGAACACCCCAAGAACAAAUCUGUUGCUGCAGUUGGAAAAGCUGCUGGUGAGAAGUGGAAAUCCUUGUCAGACGCUGAGAAAGCUCCUUUUGUUACUAAGGCUGAGAAGCGCAAGGUUGACUACGAGAAGAACAUGAAAGCCUACAACAAGAAACUGGAGGAAGGUCCAAAGGAAGAUGAGGAAUCUGACAAGUCAGUGUCAGAGGUUAAUGAUGAGGAUGAUGCUGAGGAUGGUAGCGAAGAGGAGGAGGACGAUGACUAA